AUUUACUAAUAGUAGCGUAGCUCCAGAUAUACAGCAAACGAUUGACCCAGUAAUGAAUUAUAAUUUUGCACCUGAUCAUGAGAACAAGGGCCCUUCAUCCUCGACGGGGAAAAAAGGACGGAGUAGGAAUUUCAAAGGAAUACGCCCUACAGAAAAUAGAGAGAGCAGGAAAUGGGUUAAACUCACUGAUGAUAAGCUCCAGUUUGCUGAUCCAAACAUCCCUCGGGCUAUCACUUCACUAUGGAAGUCACGUUUUGAUGGCCCAUACUUCACAUACGAGCAUAAUCGCCAUGUGCGAGAUGCAUUCCUAAAUUGUAUGAAACAUAAAUGGAGUGACAAUCUCAGGGAUGAGAAGUUGAAAUGGGACAAGAACUUAGCCUAUGUCCCAUGUUGGAUCCCAGCUCAUAUAUGGCCUCAACUGCUGACAUAUUGGGACUUUGAUGAAUAUAAGAGGCUCAGUGCAAGGGGAGCAAAGAAUAGGAGCUCUGGGGAAAGGGUGACUCACACCACUGGGUCCGUUAGCUUUGGCAUCCAUGCGAUGCAAAUGACUGAGUCUAGAGGUGGUGUGCAACCUCCCCAUCAAGAGAAAUUCAAGGAGACGCACACCUUCAGAAAAAAGGCAGGAAAAGAUCAAGAGCCAUCGUGGAUCAAUGAAAAAGCAAAGUAUCAAUAUGAUACUUAUGUUAUGAAGUGCACAUAUAGUCAUGGCUUUGAUGCUAGUUCAUGGCCACACAUGGAUAACGAGGCAUGGGUUAAGGUUGUUGGAGCACUGAUGGCGUCUGACUAUGAGGAGACAAAGGCAAAAGAUCAUGAGGAGUUAGAAAGACAAUGCCGACAAAUUGCUUUGAUGCAACAGCAGUUGGCCAAUAUGACAGCAACUCAGAAUAAUAUGAGCCAGACAAUCGCACAAUCUACUGCAGCAGCUCUAGCCGCUCAUGGCAUCUCCCCUCAGGCAGGUCAUCAUCCAGUUGCCCCACCACAACCGUCACAUGACGUGAUGUUCGUCAGUGAUAGGCGCUGGGCACGAGGCUUCUGUAUAUGUUCAGACAUUAUCCUUGUCGCCCUCACCAGAAUUUUUCCUCCCCAAGCUCAACCUGCACCAGCAGCUUCUUCUCGUUAGAAUAAGAUGAGAUUUAGUAUUUUUCUUCCUUCUCCUAAUAAGGGUUAGAGAUUUAUGAGCUUAUGAUUCUUAAAAUAUGAUAAAAACCCAGAUCUUGCUGUUCGUAUCCUUCCAUUUCUAGUCCAUGUUGGGUGUGAGGAGAGGCUACCAUUUUUCCAACACUUCUGGUUUCAAAUCACCUCAAGCACCUUGACUUAUUGAAUUCCUUGCUUCUUGUAUACCUACAAGAAGAGAUAGUGAGAACCGAGAUGUGGGAAACCGAGGGGAGUGAUGAGCUAGAAGGCUAGCCAUUGCAUUUUGAACGUAGAUUUUGAGUUCUAGAUUAUUCUUUGUAAGCUAGAUGUUAUUUUUGAAAUAUUGAUAUAAGUUUAUGUGAACUAUUAGUAAUGAAUUUAGCAAGUUCCAAGUCUUGUGCAUUUAUGGGAUUCUUUCACAAGUGCACGGCGUUUAUUUCAGCUCCGGAUUUGGGUUCUAGGGUGUGACAUUACAUGUUACAAUUUGGUCAUUUAAUUUUGAUUAUAUAUUGAUUUGAUGUAUAAAUGAAAAUAUGUCAC